AUGUCUUCUACAUUUACUUCGCUUCAACAUCACGACCACCCGGUCGGACUUUAUUCACUUCGCAGCAAUAACAGUACAAACAAAUAUUCUACAAAACAUAGAACAACAUCCUCACUGGCUCAACUCCAUGCUGACCAGAAACUUUGGAAUACAAUCCAGCAACAAAAGCCUCCAGCAAUUCCUCCACCAUUGCCUCCAAAGGCUAGAACCAGAGUAACAACACCACCAACAACAACUGCAAUGACAUCUUCAGAACCUUCUUCAGCAACUUUCUCACAACCUAAAAUUGUCAAAGAAUUAUCAUCAUCUUCUUCUUCACAGCUGCACUCUCCACCACAAUCUCCAGCAACUCCUAAAUCAGUGGACUUUGAAUUCCUUGUUUCAUCACCUUCACCAAGACCUCAGCGUCUUCCUGCAAUCGCUAUUGACUUCGAUCUUACAUCUUUUGACUUUACACCAGACUAUAAACAAAACAAUACCAUGCCAUUAAAGUCCCAACCCACUCCCUCUUCUUGGGGGUUGGAAAUUGCCCGCCAACUGGAUCAAAUUUCAGACCAAAAUGGUCUCCCCACUCCUGAUAAGUCCCGGUUCUCUAAAAUGCUAUUGUCUUUGGACUUUGAAGAUGCUGGAAAUAAUACUGAUGAGAAUUAUACCAAAAUCAAUACCAACAUUACUUCUGCUGCUAAAACUGCUAUUACUACUCCUAAAAAACUCCCUCAAAAAUUGGAUUCAUUUCCAAUUUCACAAUCUCAUAUGCGCAACCAUUCAGCUUCAAGCAUGUGCUCUUCAUCCUCUAUGGCUUCUAGCAUGCGCUCUGACGACGACGAUGAUGAUGAUGAUGACUGUGACGAAGAUUCAAGUAUUGAUGAUUCUUUUGUCUUUUUAGACCCCCUGGCAUUCCAUUCCAUGGCAACCCCUCCGCCUAAGCUCAUUCUAACACGGUCAUCCCCGCCACCAGUCCCUCCUAAGCGCCGCUCUCCACCACCACCCCCACCGUUUCCAUCUGCAUCUAAACCAUCUAGUUCUAAACGAUCUAGUACACUACUGCGGAAUAGCUCAACUGCUAACCAUUUCCGUAAUGAAUCGGUUGACUCGUACGAUGAGGUACCACGCAUCAUCAUUUCUUCUGAAUCUUCUUCCUUUUAUUUUUCAGACUCUCCUCCAAUCUCUCCUUCUGAUACUGUUCGUUCUAAACAUUUUUCAACUGCAUCAACAAUCUCGGCCUCAACACAAGUACCAUCUCCUUUUCCAGAACCAACUUCAGAACAAAUUCCAGAACAAAUUCCAGAACAAAUUCCAGAACAAAUUCCAGAACAAAUUCCAAAACCAACCCCAACUCCAACUCCUAGUGCCCUCCCUCGAUCUACUCAAAAUAACAACCUUAUGGAGAUUCUCACCAAUGGAGCAAAUGAAUCUUCAGUAUCUCUUGUGUCUACCGCUACUUCAGUGGCUACAACUGCCACAUCCUCUUCAACAAUUACAGUCUGCAAGACUUUAACUGGACCCUCGGACCCCCCAGCACCUAGACCAGUUCCUCCAAUCCCAGGAACUGACUCUAUAAAAACUUCUGAGAAGCCACAGCAGCUUAAAAGUAUGCUUUCACUCAAACGCGAUUCUGCUGCAACUCCCGCAAAACGCAAAGUUUCAAAGGCAACUAUUUCGGCUCCAACAGGACUUGUGGACGCAGAUGCACACUUCACUCCUGUCCAAAUAGACUCUUCUCAAACCGCUCCCCCAUCUCUUUCUUCUCGCACUUCUGUUAUCUCAUCUCUUCCAGGUGUCUUCAAAUCCUUCAAAAAGGACUCUUCUUCCAACAGCAUUAGCUCACAACUACAGCAACCUCAACAGACAUUACAGACGCCUUCUCCUUCUCAACCAUCACGCUUUACUCUCCAGCAUGCAAAUGCAUCCACUACUUCAAUAAGCACGGUCGAUACUUCACGCUCCAAGAAGAACCUGCGCAAAUCGUUUUUGCAAGGUUCUGCUGCCUUUUUCCGCGCAAACGGAACUGCCGACUCGGAAGCUUCCAUUCCAAAUUCCACUUCUUCCGGAUCUAUUUCUUCCCGCAAAUCUUUCCUCGGAACAUUCCCCUUCCCCUCAAGCAGCAGUAACUCUUCUUUAAGUUCAGUUGUCGGUAACUCUUCGUCAACUUCUCACUCAACGUCAUCUUCUUCCUCUACAGACCUCAACAAGUCAAUGAUUUCGUUGCCGGUCCCUGUGGACGCGUCGCGUGAAAAACUUAAAAAUAAGCUCAAGGCCUCUUCUUCCUUGCUCUCAAUCACUCGAUCUGAAACUGAUGGAGCAACAAUUGCCGUGCCUGUAGAUGUCCACAUCUCCUCCCAGAUGGGUAAGCUUCUUGCUAUGACGUCGUCAAACAAAGUUGAGGACUUUGGCCACUUUGUGGCCUCUGUCCCUUCCCCACUUUCCAAACUCAAUGAGGCUGCAUUUUCUGAAGUCUUUAUUGACCAGGAAUCGACUCGUGUUUACAAAAUUAUCCCCUUUGGAAAUGAUGAACUCUCCCAAUCACCAAUUCAUGAUCUUUUGCAAGAGCUGAAAAUUGCUCGUCUGCUGACCCAUCUUCAAGGGUUUGCUCAAGUCCUUGACAUUGUGAUUGUCAAGGGAACUUAUCCCGAGACGCUACUUUCAGAAUGGGACAAGUUUUUGCGGAUCCGUGGCUCCGAAAACUUGCGUCCAGACAUGUACUCUGAAGACCAGCUUUACUGCGUGAUUGUCCAAAACAAUGCAGGCACUGAUCUAGAGCGUGCUCAAAUCGGUUCCUGGCAAGAUGCAGAAAGUGUUUUCUGGCAAACAGCGGCGGCUCUUGCUAGUGCUGAAGAAUGGCACCAGUUUGAGCAUCGUGACUUGCAUUGGGGAAACAUUGUUAUUUCCAGACACGAGGGCGCAAACCAACCCCCCAGUUCUCCAUCUGUAUUGAAAUGUCCUCCUGGUGCAAGCGCAGAAACUGCAGCACGCAUUGGUCUUAUUCGUCAAGUUCAACGUGCCUUGUUUGAUGGCGCUGCUCCAGGUCUUGCUCCUCGCGUCACCUUGAUUGACUACACACUUUCACGUGCGGCCGCUGCUACUGCAUCUUUCAACUCCAGUGUUUUAUAUACUCCUAUGGAUCAGCCUGAGUUUUUCCGUGGCAAAGGUGACUACCAAUACGACGUGUAUCGCCGAAUGCGUGACCGACUCAAUGAUCUUGGAUCUGAAGAUUCUCACACUACUUCUCCAGGUAGUGGUGGUCUUAAGAAUAUCAAUUGGGCCACAUUCUGUCCUCAGACAAAUGUCUUUUGGCUUCAUUAUCUUGCCGACAAGUUGCUCAACCACAAGGGCUUACGUCCUUUGAGUAUAACGGCUCGCGGCCGCAUUGUGCGUGCUGCUCCCGGUGCCUCUGAGGUUGCAGUGUCUGCUGCGACUUCUGUGACUGGCUCAUCUGGUGCUGGGGCUCCUGGUCGUCCUUCAUCGGCAGUUGCUAGUGCUUGGAUGGCUGAGGAGGCACGCGCAUGCAAAGCGCUUGAGCAGGUGUACCGUGCGCUGGCGCCGGGAGCCUCUUCAUUUAGCGACGCAUCUGGCAGCUCUGAUCACCAUCGUGAAUUUGUGAGUGCAGCUGGCGUGUUACAGUGGGGUCUCCGAACAAAGGUUUUCCCCAUGAAGAAUGCAUUUUAG